AUGUUUAAUGAGAGAAAUUCGAUCCAUAGUGUACAACACCAACACAGAAGAGACCAAGAAUGUUUCCAAGGAAAUAUAGUGUACAGAAAUGACGAAUUCAACGGGGAAACAUAUACUGCUUUAAUACGGAGGCAAAGAAGUGUAUGGCACAAUUCUGUUUCAAAACAACACGCACGUGUGGGGCAAUACGGUCAAGAUAGUUGGUUUGACGAAUUUAUCCAGCACUACCAGAAGAAAACCGCCAAUUAUGUAAUACAUGAGACAAGGAAUAAGAGAUCAACACCAGAAUGCCAUAAGGCGAAACACAAAGUGGAUAUGCACCAAUCGUCUGUACUUAGAAAAAGAGCAAUAAAUACAGAACUGGCGAUACCGUGUUUCAAAGCAGAAAAUAUGGGAACGUCCCCAUACAUGAGAGAUAUGGACAGAAUUUUCUUGGACUGUCCAAAGAAGAAAGAAACUAUUCAGUAUACAACGGGAGGGUUUAAAAGAGACCUAUAUGAAGCCAUAGACAGGGAGUCACACAAAGACGCUCACGACGAAGAUAAUGACGUAGUGAAAGAAGACGACCUCCCCGGGAGAAAUAUACCACGGAGACAUGAACGUUACAUUGGAACUGAUACUCAUACCACUCCGCUAAAUGGCUUCGACCGAAGAAAAAUUUCAUAG